GUCUCUGCCACUGCGCUCGCUCCCAGAAGCUAGCUAGCUAAUCACCUCGAGACGGACGGUGGAAUCAAAAGUAGUGACAAGAAGAUGGCGGAGUGAUUGGGUUGCGCUUUGAAGGAAAGCAGCGACCCUUGAUUGUCCUAAAAUAUUCUACGAAGAAACGAGAAUCACAUCCAAAUUGUAGCUAUCUUCGGAAAUUUGACAAACAAGAAGAAUAUUGCCCCUCUUGCGGAGGUGGUUCAAACAGAUCGAACGGAAUUUCGCAGUUCGAUAGCUCUAGUGGGCUAACGUUAGCUAGCUACCCCGAGGCACUGGGCGACGGACAUACUAGGCACAUUAGGAGUGUUUUCAGAAGAAUCGUGUUCCCUUUUUCGUGAUGUGUUGGUUUUAUUUUUUCCAAGAUUUUUUACUAGCUAGCUAGCGAAUAACGUCUGAAAAUAAACACUGUUCUAGCUAGCUGGCUAACGUUGCCUUGUUUCAAGUACAUCGCCCACGAGCAACCAGGACUUCUGUGUAUGUUCUGAUAACGAGCUGGCCGAGAAGGGAAACCGACGGCGCAGUCCCAGAAAAUCCUAUUUUAAACUGAUCAAGAGUUGCUCGUGAUUGAGGAUAUGGCAAGCAGCAGCGGCUCUAAAGCCGAAUUUAUUGUCGGUGGGAAAUACAAGCUUGUCAGAAAAAUUGGGUCUGGGUCAUUUGGUGACAUAUACCUGGCGAUCAACAUCACAAAUGGAGAGGAGGUAGCUGUAAAAUUGGAAUCUCAGAAAGCCAGACACCCACAGUUGUUAUAUGAAAGCAAACUGUACAAAAUCUUACAAGGAGGAGUUGGAAUCCCACACAUAAGGUGGUAUGGCCAAGAAAAGGACUACAAUGUCCUAGUGAUGGACCUGCUGGGACCCAGUCUGGAAGACCUCUUCAACUUCUGCUCGCGCCGGUUCACCAUGAAAACUGUACUAAUGCUCGCAGACCAAAUGAUCAGCAGAAUCGAGUAUGUGCACACAAAGAACUUCAUUCACAGAGAUAUCAAGCCAGACAACUUUUUAAUGGGUAUUGGCCGUCACUGUAACAAGUGUUUAGAAUCUCCAGUGGGGAAGAGGAAAAGAAGCUUGGCUGUUAGUUCUUCUCAGGACCCAUCUUUCUCAGGAUUAAACCAGUUGUUCCUCAUUGACUUUGGUCUGGCCAAAAAAUACCGGGACAACCGGACACGACAGCACAUACCCUACAGAGAAGACAAAAAUCUCACAGGCACAGCUCGCUAUGCCAGCAUCAACGCACAUCUGGGAAUCGAGCAGAGUCGCCGAGAUGACAUGGAGUCGCUAGGAUACGUCCUGAUGUAUUUCAACAGAACCAGCCUGCCCUGGCAGGGACUAAAGGUAGGCCAGGCUGCCACAAAGAAACAGAAGUACGAGAAGAUUAGCGAGAAGAAGAUGUCGACUCCAGUCGAGGUGUUGUGUAAGGGUUUCCCCGCAGAGUUUGCCAUGUACCUGAACUACUGCCGUGGGCUGCGGUUUGAGGAGGCGCCUGACUACAUGUACCUGCGUCAGCUUUUCCGCAUUCUCUUCAGGACCCUGAACCACCAGUACGACUACACGUUUGACUGGACAAUGCUGAAGCAGAAAGCAGCACAGCAGGCCGCGUCCUCAGGGGGACAGGGGCAACAGGCACAAACCCCUACAGGCAAGCAAACUGACAAACCCAAGAGUAACAUGAAAGUCGCCCCCCUCCCUCUCGUAGAGGGUAUCCCGGGUGCCCAGGGUUGAUGGUGGAGGAGUCAAACCAAUUUUUCAAAAAACCUGAAGCUGUUUUCAUCAGGUUUCUGAGCAGUAAGACAAAGAAAUGCUAGACGAGUUGCCGUAACAGGAUUUGCCUUCCAAUCACACCCCGGCAUCCAGGAUCAAAUUCACCAGAACCUGCCAGGCAUUGUGGGCAACCAUUUUUUCCUGUUAAAGAACUUUCGUUCCAUAUACUAUAUAUGUAAUUGCUCUAUAUAGGUAACAUGCUCUGCAUAUAUCUAUAUAUUGGUAUGUAUAUACUAUAUCUACACAGAAAGCCGGCUUGGUAUGGAAUUUUACGAAGCUGUAGCCUUCUCUAUUGUCCUGUCCCUGAAGAUUUUUUUUUUGUGUGUGUUUCUUCAAAACUAAAAAUAAGACAUGGUUGGCUCACUGCGGAUGUUAUUGUGCACAUGGCAAUACUUUCCCCUUGAAACUUUCUCCCUCUGAGAGCUGCUGCUCGGGUGCCUGCCUCACCUCAUGGCCCCCUGUCAGAGCAGCUUUGUCCCCAUUCCCUCAGUCACCGAGCGUGGCACGAUGACCCAGACACACGUCAGUCAGAUUGAACAUUUGAAACGACAAUUUUCUCUUCCUUAUUCAACUUUUUUCCCUCAUUUUCAAGCAAAAUGAAAGAUGUAAACGGAAACUGUUUUCUUUGUUGUUAUGAAUGAAUCCUGGGUAUUUACUAAGCAAACAUUGGAUUUAUUUAGUUUCUUUUCAUAAAAAGGGUAAUUAAGAUUCUGCCUGCUGAUAUGUGCUAGAAGAGCUUCAAAUGUGAAGAUGAAAACAAUUCUAGUGACUACUAGGUUUCUCUUUAGAACGCUGCAUUAACUAUAUUGUACUUGGUAUUCUGAAGUCUCAAACAAUGAAUAAAAAAGAUCAACUCCACAAAAGCAUAUUCAUUAUAAAUUAGGCACCACUUGACUAAACCUGUUUGGAAAUUGCUUAUUAAAAAAAAUUACGCAUCAAUUCUUUUUAUUUUUGGAGGUGUUAAUGUCAAUCGACAAAUGUCGUUUUUUAAAAUUCUUUUUUUUAUUCAUUGAGUUGCUAUGAUGGAUGACAUCAAUGUUCUGUUUUUGAGAGAACCUCACACCACCCACCCUUCGGUUAUCAUUUUUAUAUACAUGCAUAUAUAUAUACACUUUUUUUAAAGAAUCAGAUAACCUACUUUUUUUCCUUCAGUUUUAUAGAGUUGUCGUUCCCUGUAUUGAAUUGAUCAUUUUGGGGAAAGGGUGUUUUUGUUUGUUCUUCCUGCAACUAAAUUUCGCUGCUGCUUAGAGUUUCCUCAUUUUCGUUCUUUCUUUUUUUUAUUGCAAAGAUAGUUUUGGAGGGUUUCAAUUCUGUAUAUGUGAGGGGAGAAUAAUUUGGAUUUCUCUCAGCCUUUAGUCAAGACAGAUGCACACUAGUAACUGUUUCUCCCACUCCCUAUUACAACCCCUGACCCAGCUUUAGCUAUUUUACAGCUGGACAUUAUAUAAAAGUGUAAUUUAUUCCCUUUAGCAUGUCAGAAUAAAUUUAAAUGACUUGUCAGAAUCACUGUCCCAGUCUCAGUAAUUUGAAGAAAACAACACAUAGACUUCUGCCUUAGGCCCGGAUGAUGGGGGGGGGACUACAAUUUGACUUUCCAUUUGCUUGUCUUUACACAUUUACGUGUUGACUACCACACAACCCUAGUAUUUUGCGAAUUUUUUAAACUUGAGACAUCAGCAGGAUUGGGGAUAGAUAAAAAGGAAAGAUACAAAGGAUUUGUCUAAAUGUAUGAUCACUUGAGGCAAAGGGACACAUUUGUGGAAAGUUAUUGCUGUAAUCUAGAAAAAGCAGUUCCUGUGAAAUAUUGUUGGGGUGGUGGGUAGUUGUAGGUGCCUGUGGUGUUUUGAAGAAAAGAUCUUCCCGGAUUUAUAUCUGUAAAUAUUAAAAUGGAUUAAAAUAG